GCUUUUAUUCGAAAUUUUUUAAAAUUUAGUUACAGGAAAAUGGCGCGCAUGCGCCGUGUGUACCAUGUGAUGCCUUCGGGGAGUUGGCGAAUAAAAACUUCGAACGAAAGUAUAUAAAACAUGGAGACUGUUACUGCAUCUUCACCUCAGAUCAACUUUGCCCCGCCAGGCACAGUAACUGCGGCCCAGACAACAACAGUUAGUCAUCCUACAGCAGUAAACCUCAUCACACAAGACCAAAGCAAAGGCCUUACUUAUAUCGUUGACCCAAGCCAAGCACAACACAUCCAAAUGUUCACCCCAGAUCAGCGUUUUGUUGCCAACUCUGUGGAAUACAAUCCUGUCACUGGAACGCUAACAACAAGCGCUAUCCCGAACGGUAACCCACAGCUAACAGUUGUGAGUACAAAUGUUGUUAUCCUAUAUUUCUGUAAACGUUGUUUUAUCCUAUAUAUAUCCUAUCAAAAGUUUCGGUUUUCACGUAGUAAACAAAGGCCCGCAUGAGACAAGUACUUCAAAACGAACAUUCUCUUUCGUCUUCGAGUUUAAGAACCUAUAUCUCAGCAAGAAAUGGCUAUGUUUUGAACAGUUUUACAGCUCCAGACAGCCAAACGUUGUGUUUCUAUUGAAUUGUAAUCAAAACAUGGAACAGGUUAAAGAAUUUUAACCAAAAUCGGAGAACCAAUCGAGGCAUUCGCUUCGUCUUCGAUGUUCGCUCAUUGGUCGAAUGUCGCCUUGUGUGAAAUGUACCAAUCCAAGUCCGUCUUAAACUUCAUUGGACGAUCUUUGUUUUGCUCUCAUCAAGCGAUGAAUCAUAAAAAUCGAGUCAAAUUUAGUGCACAAAUUUAAGUCAUUUUCAUUAUUUUUAUACUCUUUGUGUCGUGCGAUACGUAUAUAGGCUGUGUGGCAGCUGGCCAAACAAAAAUUGCUUUCUUGUUUAUCUCGUAUUAAAAUCUACAAGUUCCUAUAAAGAACCUCUACUUUUUUAUACGUUGCACAAAUUGGGAAGUUUUACUUGAUUAGAAACCUUCAUUGAGAUAUAUUACAGGGUUUUAUAAUAUUUGGACGUAAAAUUUAAAAAUAUUAAUAUCAAGAGGUAAAAUAUUAAUGAUAGCGGAGGCCAUUAUAAAAGCACACGUUGCUCAUAUUCCAAUAAGCGCCUACAGCUGCAAAUGAUGGGUCUAAAGUAUGCAUUAUAUCCAGGGUGUUCGCCAGAAGUAAAAAAAUCCGCGUUUUGUACCUGAAAUUGGGAAAUUUAUUUUAGCCGCAUUUUGGAAGUAGUUUUGGGCAAAUGUAGUUAUAAACAUGUUUUUAAUGGCGUAUUAACAACAUUGAAUUUCUAUAACUAUUUUUUGCUGACCCAAAUUGGGAAAUUGCGACCUCAAGGUAAUUGGGAAAACCGCGUUUAAUUAACGCGGAAUUUUUGACUGUAGCUAACACCCUGGUAUCAGGUAGUUUUUUUCUUCAUUUGUGAAGCAUUUUGGCCCAAAUGUGAACAGCUUCCUUGGAACAAUAUAUAGAUAACAUAUAAAGCAUUACCGGUACUAGAUGGUAUCCUGUUAGCCAGAAAUCGCAAGGCCUAAAAAAAAUACUGUGGUUCCGGUUUCCUGACCGACCCUAUUUUUUUCUGCUGACCCUAUUAUUUUUUCAAUGCAAUCGACCGUGCAAACCUGUUUUCUCCAGGUGGUUGCGGGCUGCUGAAAAUUGCCCAGCAAAAAAACCCCAGCCAAAAUCAUGAAAAAAAAUAUGCAAAAAAAAAUUUUAUUUCCUACCUACCCUAUUUUUUCAUGAUAUGAAACAGGAACCACAGAUAUUUUUUUAGGCCCAAUGCCAUUAUUGAACCCAAAAUUGUGAACUCAAGGAAUUGAACACACACCAAAUUUGACCAGUUCCAUUUGUUCACACAAAGAAAUUGUACAAUUCAUCUGUUUCAUGCUUCGUAUGGGAUGGAGAAAUCUACUUCUGAUAAUAGUAAACAAACUAGGGCACCAAAAGGAGGAGAAGGGUUAGUUUUCCAGUUCCUCCAUGGGGAAGGUGUGGAUGAUUUUUUGGAAUGACUCGGUGUGGACCCUCGUAAGAGUCCACCUUUCUGAAGCUCUCACUAUUUAUUACAUAGCUUAUAUUAUAUUCGGUAUGUUUCUAAUAGCCUCUUGCUGCACAACGUCUGCCGGUUGCCAUGGAAACUUUGGAUGAACCAUUAUAUGUAAAUGCGAAACAAUACCACAGAAUUAUCAAACGACGACAGGCAAGAGCGAAACUUGAAGCUGAAGGCAAAAUUCCCAAGACACGAAAGGUACACAAUUUGUAGCCUUAUGAAUAAUAAAACACUUUCCCCUUAAUGAGUACCGUAUAAGGACCUAUAUAAAGAGGCUGGCAUUAGAUAAAGCAAACAAUGGUUCUAUCAUCAUGUUUUGUUACAUUAAUCAGGUUAGGUGUUUUUAUUGGGAUCAAAAUCAAAGUGAAAUAUAUUUGUGUAUGUGUGACACUGACACAUGAGGUCAUGUGACAUUAGCAUCCACUUCAGUGAAUAAUUUAUUAACUAGUAUUCGUUUUAAAGUUCUAUGUAACUGUUUCCUAGAAAUACCUCCAUGAGUCUCGGCACAUGCACGCAUGUCGGCGGCGGCGGAGUGGCGGCGGUAGGUUUGUUACAAAACCUGGAGACCUUAAUAUGCCUACCAUGGCAAAUGAUGCUUCGAGCAUUGAGCUUGGAAACCAAAACAGAACAGAAGGGUAAGUAUAUCAAUUGUCAGCUUUCCCACAACGUUGGAGAAAUCUCAGACUGAAUUGUGAACAAGCACGUUUUUAUGAGCCUAUAGAUUUUAUUUCACACAAUGUCCUAAUUAGCCUGUUCUUUGCCAGUCAACAACUCCAUGAUUAAUCAGUAAUAUGUUAAGUUAUAAGUAAUUUUAUUCUGAAAAUAGAUUUCUAAUCCCAGUUUCCUUGACGCUUAUCUGUUUAAAGGCCCAUUUCCACUCAAGAAAAAUUUCCACAGACAAAAAAUCUUCCGAAAAUAUCAUUGUUAAAAGUUGAAAAUUUUCAACUUCAGAGUGUUUUUCUGACGGAAAAUUUGUAUCAGCCAAUCACAUUUUACAAAAUUUUCUUUCUGCGGAAAACUUUCUUGAGUGGAAAUGAGCCCUAACACUAUAGACUGACUCACUGACAUCCAGUCUGACUGCAGGUAGAGAUACUAUAAAUCCUCUAUUGAGCCCCAUGAAGAGGAGUAUUGCAGACACAUUUAGGGAUGCUUUUUAGAAGCACAAGGAAAAUUUUUAAAGUUCCAUUAAUGGUUUUUGAAUGACUUUUAAUGAUUUACCAUUUAUACUAUCAAUGGAUGAACUGAUUGGUUAUUAUAGAUUUCCCAUAUAUGGGAAAUUAGUAAAAACCAUGUUUAAUAUUUACAAUUGGUAUUUUCCUGUGCACAGGAAACAAAUAAAGUACUAUUAAUGGUAAGUAUUAAACAUGUUUUUUUUUAUUAAUUUACCAUAUGGGAAAUCUAUAAUGACCAAUAAUAGUAAGAGUUCAGUUUUUUCAUUCAAAAACCCAUAUUAUAAUGUCUAUAAUGGAAAGUUCAUUUUUUCCCCUGUUAAGGCCAUGUUACACGGUGCAAUUUUUCUUGCAACUUGCAAUGCAAUUCUACUCUUGAGAGAUGUAAAAUUGCCAAAUACCAGUCUUUAUUACACUCCGCUGAUGUUUUCUCUACACGGCAAAAAACGCCGAGCCCGUUGCUCAACAGGACUGAACAAUGUUUUGCUGCCCACGUUGUUCAUAGCUGUCAACAAUAUUGAACAAUGUUGUUGAGCCUGAAUCGGGUGUAACAAUAUUGUUCAAUGUUGUUGACAGCUAUGAACAAUGUGGGCAGCAAAACAUUGUUCAAUCCUGUUUCAUCAGUAUUGCAUCAACCUGUGCGUUUUUUGCCGUGUAUGUGUUUUCUCAACAUAUCGAAAAUUCUUCACUGAUAUCACUAAUUAACAUCUCUCAAGAGUAGAAUUGCAUUGCAAGUUGCAAGAAAAAUUGCACUGUGUAACAUGGCCUUUAGAGGGGGCUUCUCUUAGAGAAAUAAAACUAGCAUGAAAUUCCUGUCAAACUAACAAAUCUAUCUAUUAAAAAAUUAAUAAAUACAGCCAUUACAUAUACAUGUUUCUUUAUUAUAAAGGAAAUGGGAAGGGCUUAAUGUCUUUCUCUGAAAGUGGGAGCCUUGUUAGAGAGAGAGCAAAAUUUAAGAUAAUUGCUAUGUAAGGUUAGCUUAUUAACUGUAUGUUGUGUGUUUUUUUUGUAAAUGUUUUAGGCAUUCUGUCGACGUAGCCAGUCUACAGACUCAAGUGACCAAUGCUGACCAAGUUUUGAUGUCACAUCCAAACACUUAGUUAUAGUGAGAACAUGGAGGAUAAAUGUAUAUAUUGAUAAUAUAUGAAAUAUUUAUUACUUUUCGUACAAGAACAUUGCUUGUAAGCAUAAGAAAAGAACAAUUAUGUGACUACAUAAUAUGAUCAGAUAUGUUCAAGUACUUUGCUGCAGCAAUAUGGUAACUAAGGUGUAGAAAUGUAGAAGUCAAGAACGAAUUGUCAGGAUUUUCUUAUGACUAUGGAAGAACUCAUCACAUGACGGUAACGUUACCCUAAUGCAAGAACCGAGCAAUCAAGUUGCUUUUGUCGUUGGACUCCUGAUGAUGGUACAUUAGAUGAUAGGAUACAAUAGAGAAACGUUUCCCACUUGCUUUGUGGAUGGUUUUGUUGUUUUUAGGAAUUGUUUCGUUUUCCGUUUAUGGUCGGAAUCAGGAAUGUCGUUUUUGCCACAGCGCAGCUGCAAGGCAAUAUAAAGAGUAAAUCACUUAUUAUGUUAAAUCUGUAAUGUACAGUUAUUCUUUUUACAUAUAAAGAAAGAAAGAAGUUAAAUGAAAUUCGACUCUGCGUUUGCUGUUGUCCUCAAACAUGAAGCUUAAAACUCGUAAAGCCGCCUGCACGGGACGAGCGAACUCUUUGAUCAUGCGCUGUAGCUGUCCAGCUUGACAUUUUUAAAUCUGCUUUACGGGUGGAGCGAGCCAGAUACUGUAGAACGUCCAUUAUACCGCAACAGCUUUGGCCCACUGUUUUCGCCAGAGUAGCAAAAAAUAAAAUUUGCUGGAUUCUGCUGUGAGCUAGACGUGCUCGCGCGACUCGAGAUUUCUCGUCCCGCGCAGGUGAAGCGAUCACAAUGUUUUUC